AUGGAUAUUGACAAGGACUUCCCUGCUCUCGGUCAGCACAAAGCUGCCAUGGAGCAACAGACCCCCAAGGCCAAGCCUACCAAGAAGAAGCCCGCCGCUCGUGGUGGUGCUGGUGACAGCGCCGCUGUCGACACCGGCAACCAGGCAGCUGCGACGACCUCGAACGUCGACGCCACCAACGACGGCGGCGCCAACGUGGCCGCCGCGCCGGUGACCAAGAACAAGCCAAGGACCCGCAAGGAGGCGGCGCCGGCAUCGGCGCCGACGACGGCCGACGAUGACCCCUACUUCAAGGAGGGCGGUGGCGAGUCCUCCGUCGCCGACGCCAGCGGCAGCGGCAUCAUCGAACCGCUCCUCCCGCGCACGUCGCGCACUCGCAACAAUCGCAAGGCCACCUCGCCCGCCCCCGAGGCGACCGCCGAUCCCGCGGUUGCGGGUACUGUCCCCAAGCCCAAGACCGCCGCCAAGCGCGCCAAGCCCGGACCCAACAAUGCCUACGCGCCGGGCGGCACAACCACUAACAGCGCCACUGCGGCGGCCUCGAAGUCGCCCCCCAACACUCGCGCGCGCACCUCUGCUCCCGCUCCCCAGGCUACUGCUGUCACUUGGAACACUGAUUGGAGCAAUAUUGUCGACGCCGCUGCCUCUGCCAAGGCUGCUGCUGGGGCUGGGAACACGGUUGCUGCCGCCAGUGGGAGCAACACUGCCGCCGCUGAAAGCACCGCUGCCGCCGCUGAAAGCACCGCUGCCGCCACUGUGGACACCGUUGUCUCUGCCGGGAGCACUGGUAUCGCGCAGCCCACCAAGAAGCGUCUGUGCGGAAAUGAUUGGCGCAAGCUCAAGGCCGAAAGGCUUCUCGCCGCUGGUAUCGCCGACGACGGCACGCAACAGCCGGUUGACGACAAUACGCCGCAGCCCGCGGUUGGCAAGGGCAAGGGCAAGGGCAAGGACAAGGCCAAGGCCAAGGACAAGGGCAAGGGCAAGGCUAAGGCCACUCCGAGCACCGCUGCUCCUGCUAUCAAUUCCACCGCGCAGGCUGCUGCUCCAGUCGACGAUGAUGGCGGGAAUGCUCAAGUCAGCCAGCACGCCCCGUACGGUCAGCACGGGCAGCCCUCCCAGCACGAUCAGUACCUCCCGUACGACCAGCACGCCGAGUUCCAGCACCCCCAGCUUGGCCAGCACCACCAGUACGCCGAGCAUGUCCAGCUCCCCAAGCAUGGCCUGCACGGUCGGCAACCCCAGCACCCCCAGCACCCCGAGCAUGGUCAGCACCUCCAGUACCUCCAGCAAGGCCAGCACGCACAGUACGGUCAAUACGGUCAGGACGGCCAGCACGGCCAAUACGGUCAGCAAGGACCGCACCCGCAGCACCCCCAGUACGGCCAGCAUGGCGAGCGAGGCCAGCACCCCCAGCAUGGCUAUGACCACCAGUACGCCGAGUACCUCCAGCAUCCCCCGCAAGGCCAGCACAGCCAGCACGGCCAGCAGCUCCAGCACCCCCAGGAAGGCCAGUACGGCCAGCAUGGCCAUGCGAUCCCGCCUCCACCCGACGACGAUGUGGCGUACGCCAUCUUCGCUGCCUCCAACGGCGGCCAGCUCAAUGUCCCCGAGGAGAAGGUCGUCGAGUUCCUCGACCAGAACCCCGGCAUGGAGGAGCUCAUUUGGGGCCCUCGCUCGGAUGGGCCAAGCACGGCCUCCGCCCCUCCUGCUGCUGGACCGCCGCUCGCAGCUGGCGAGGCGGAGGAGAUGGCCGCGUACGUGAGCGCGCUCAACAUCAACAACAACUUUGUCAAUCACCCGGGUGGCAUGAAUCCCUCCGCUUUCCACCCCGUUGGCAAUGCUCGUCCCAUUGGCUACGCUCCUCCCAUUGGCCAUGCUCCCCACAUUGGCCGUGCUCCUCACGCUGGCCAUGUUCCUCCUGUUGGCCAUGGCCCUCACAUGGCGUUGGGCCAUGCCCCUCACGUCGCUACUGGCUUUGCCCCUCACAUGGCCGCUGGCUUUGGCCCUCCCGUGGCCGCGACGCGCGCUCCUUACCAUGUCGUGACCCCCAAGGAUCAGCACGACCUCGGUGCGUCGCGUCUUUUCAACGUCCCUAAAAGGUCAGAGACCGUCACCAAGAAUGCUCUCAGUCAGGACUGGGUUCAGCCGUCCAUGGGGGUCACACACCAGACGGCGCUUGGUCCAACCACCUACAUCGUUCGCGCGAUGCCUGCCCAGGGCUCGGCCCACCGCCCCAACUUUGGCGGCCCGAGCGUGGCGCGUGGCACCUUCACCACCCCCCGUGUGGCGGCGAGCUCGUCGGUCGCCUCGCCAGCCGAGACUCCAAUGGGCUCGGCCCACCGCACGAACUUUGGCGUCCCCAACGUGGCGCGUGCCACCCACAGCGUCUCCAGCGUGGCGGGGAGCUCGACAAUCGCCUCGCCUGCCGAGACUCCCCUCAUGACGCCCGCCAUCGACUCGCGUGGUAGCACCAUGAGCCCCACCAUCGCCAGCCAGCCCGAGGAGGACGAGUUCAGUUGGGCGAUCGACUACCCCGACCAGCCCAAGCCCGCGGACACCUCGCCGCCUGUCCCCCAGCAGAGCCACUCCAACUACUCGGCCACGUCGAUUGGCCUUGGCCUCAUGAACAACGCCGGCAACGACACCGGCUCGGCAGUUGACCGUGACUCGCUCAUGAUGGCGGCGGGGUUUGGUGGGGGUUCGGCUGAGGCCGCUGCGGGUACCACGACCUCGGCUCCUGCCGCCCAGCUGCCCACCGCCGUCGCGCCCAGCGCCAUUUUUGGCAUUCCCCGCCUCAACGCCCCGGCCAUCAGUUGGACUGGCAACUUCAACGAGCAAAGCAGCGUGAACGGCCCUUCGGCGACGCAGGUGUACGACGCCAAUGUCGGUGACGGUGCCACGGCCUCGCAGCCUGGCGCCCAGCAGCAGACCGCGGCCGCGCCCGACGCGGUUUUUCGGUUCAUGGCCGGCGGCGCCCCGGCCACCAGUUCAACUGGUAACUUCAAGGACGAGGAUCUCGUGAGCGAGACCUCGGCGCCCGUGCCCGACGCGAACCGCGUCGGCGCGAACUUCACGUCGCCUGCCACUACUGGCCAGACGACUACGGACCAGGCCAACCAGCUUGGCCCGGGUAUCAAUGAUACGCAUAUCGAGAUCCACCCAACUGAUGCUGAGGUUGCUGAGGUUCUCCGUGCCAUGGAGCAGGUUAUCGAUGAGGUCCGUGCCAACUCGGGCGUCGCCUCGACUGUUCAGCAGAGCGGCAGUGGUGGAACCACUUCUAGCUGUGCGUUUGAGGCCGUCCAUGGCCCUCCCGCUGGCUAUGCCGCUCCUUCCAACCAGGCGGUUGGGACGGCACCAAUGGCUUUUGCUACCCCAAGCGCCUCGGCGGCUCCCAACACCUCGGCUGGCAACAGCGCGACUAGCACCACCUCGAACGCAACGCAUCGCUCGUCCCCCAUCAUUUUCCACGACAUCGCGUUCCCGGAUGCCUCGCCGCGCAACCUGUUCCUCCGCACCGGCCUCUACUUCCCGCCUGUCCGCGGCACCGAGAUGGCGUUCGGCAUCUUCUUCGCGACCUGGAGGCUGUUCCGCAUGUUCUCCCACAACAACUGGCAGGAGUUCUUCACCGUUAUGAGCGGCGAGCUUCCAGGCUACUCGCGCGACACGCUUUUCAAGGUCUCAAUCGCCACGAUCCAAGGUCACUACGUUUACAAGGGCUUCAUGAAGGCGCAUGACGAACUGUACCAGCAGGCGACGGGCCAGGCUCCCCGCAAGCCCAUGUGCUUCCUUGCGUUCCACCACUACAUUCUCUCGAACAAGUUCAACCCGCACGGAUUCCCGCAGAUGCCUCUUACUACUGCCCUGAUCUAG